GGUAGGUUGCGUCGCACAGAAAGUCACCUCGUCGUGUCGGUCAGAGAGAAGCUACUGUCUGGCAGCUAACAUCGUUAGCAUGGUCCCAUUGCUGUGGGGGAAAGGUCGACAGUAGGACAGUGGCAUCUAUCGUGUAAUCUAUCCGUCGUUUAUUUAUUUUUCAACAUCGUACAAAUAGGCGAAUUGAAACGGGUUCUGAAAUUCUUUGGAUUUUAAAGAAGUUCCGUAGCUAGCUAGCCAACCAUUUAGCUAGCUUCAAGUUUCGUUCAUUGUUUUUAUUUCGAUCAGAACAUCUACAACCAUGGCUGCGCUGAGAGCGUCUUACCACAGGAUUUUGGAUAGGAUCGAGCACUUGCUGCCUGCCAAACUGAGGCCUAUCUACAACCACCCAGCAGGUCCAAAAACAGUUUUCUUCUGGGCCCCGAUGUUUAAAUGGGGUCUGUUUGUGGUUGUUUUGCGUAAGAGGCCCCGCCCAGCCGAAAAACUCAGUACCUCCCAGUCUGCAGUACUAACAGCCACAGGGCUGGUCUGGUCCAGAUACUCAUUGGUCAUAAUCCCGAAGAACUGGAACUUGUUUGCUGUCAACUUCUUUCUCGGCUGCGCAGGAAGCUCCCAGCUCUACCGGAUCUGGAGGUAUGAGCAGAAUAAGAAAGCAGAAGCAAAAAAGGCUGCAGAGUCCUGAGCACUGUCCUGAUGUCAACUCUCCACCUACAGUGGACUGAAAAGGAGACUUCACCCCGGGCACCAGCUUGCCCCUACUCAUCAUCGCUACAUCAUCCCACGUUGUCUCCAUAUCCUCCAUGCCAUAGCCAUUAUUCCUCCACAUGAAGCCUGUUGCCCCUGUUGGGAAUGUGCACUGUUCCAGGAGUUUCAAAUUUCCCCAGGGCAUAAAAACAAACAAACAAACAAACAAAAACAAUUCUAAUUAUAGUCAGUACACUCAAACAGGAUGGUCAUCAAUGCACAAGUGUAACUGGUUCAAUAAGUUGUAUAAUUGUACAUUCAUUAAUUUAAUUUCAUGCUUAAUACUUGUUGCACUAGUCAUGAAUAUUUGCUUUUUUCCAUGGUCGUAAUUCAGGUGUAGCAAUCAGUAUCUAGUGCAAUAAUUUCCCAAAACAUGUAACUCUUGGAUUUGUGUUGAAUGUGGUUUAAGGAAUGUUUCCAAAUAAAGUCAAGAAGGGUGCCAUCUAAUUUAUCAUUAAUUUAUUUUCUGUCACAGCGUCUGUAUCUCAUGAUUAUUAAAUCAUUAUUGAUUACCAUGUA